AUGUUGGUGACUUUCAAUUCGAAGGCUAAAGACACGAAUAAGAGGGACGAAGGGGGCCGAAUGGCGGGAGGAGACGAUAUAGUGGUGUUAGGGCCCCCUAGAAGGAACGGUAAGGAUGAGGGAAAGGUCGGUAAGCCCCUGGUAGAAAGCCGGGGUGCAUCCAAGAUGGAUGUGAAGGCUGCGAAGAGCGAGAGUGGGACGAUAAGGAUAAUUGAGGAUGCCCGUGACUUCCACAAGAUGAAGGCUUCAAGGAGAUCGAAGCAAGGGUGUUUGACGUGCAAGAUACGGAAGAAAAAGUGCAAUGAGACGAGACCUGUUUGUGCGGACUGUGCUCGUUUGAAUAAAGAGUGUGUGUGGGUGGAUUACAGCACGAUGAGCGACGAGCAGAUCAGGGUAUUACGGGAACGAGUCGAGCACGAAGAGAGCAUUCUGAAGUUGCGGAAGCGUAAGGCUAGGGACUCGUCGACUGAAACGGCCCGAACUCUGUACGAUCCAACCCCGCUUGAAAUGAAGGACUCUCAGAUGACAUACGCUUGUGCCACGCAGAAAUUACAAGAGUCGUAUACCAAGAUGUCGGAGCACGGCGUGCUGAAGAGUCCAAGUCUGCUGAAGCUUUUUAGAGUGUUCAACAGUACUCCGUCGCCCAGCUCAAACUCUCCUGUCCCGACGAUCUCGAGCCUCCAACAAGCAUUUGUUACCCCCAAUUCGCCUACCAUCAGCAAUCUCAUGAACCCACUUGACCACGAAAAUGGGAAACAUAUCCCCACCGACGACGUGGUAGACCUUCCCAAUCUCGGGCCAUAUGAAUCUAACCCUUAUGAUAAGGUGGCAUGCUCGCCGUCGGCGUUCUUGAACUAUCUAAGGGGAUUGAAUCAACCCCACGAUAACACCAAGCAAGACGAAAAUAGUUAUGCUUUUCCAUUCCUAGGCGACCAUCACGAUAAGUCAAAGGAGGCCAGCAUUACACAAUCACCUAAUUUUUCUAUUCUGAAUAUAUUAGAACAGUUUUCCGGCGAUAGGCAAUUAUCGCCAUCCAAUUUCAAUAACUUUGCAUCAUCAUUGAAUUCUAUAUUCACCCCUUUACCACCAUCACCCCCUUCGAUAAUCCCAGAAUUGACUGGCAAAAGCGCCUACUUAUACAACUAUUAUGUGGAAACCCUAUCCAGAAAAGUGUGUAUUGCACCCAGUUCGCAGAACAAUUCCAACUCGUACCAGAAUAUUUUUUUACCACUUGCUCAUAAGGAUAAGGGUGUUCUUUACGGGAUUUUGGCAUGGUCGGGCUUUCAUCUAGAUGGUGAUUGGAUAAAUGAAGGUAAAAAGUAUGCCGAUUUAGCGUUGGAACAUAUGAAUAAGACGUUGAAGGAAUCAAUGGACAGAAACCAAGGGAAAGACGAUCGACAUGCUAUUUUGGUUAAGUUAGCUACUUUACUUAUUUUAUGUGGUGCCGAAAUUUGCCGUGGAGACGUUAAAAACUGGUCCAUCUACUUAUACUGGGGCUGGAAAAUAUUAUUUACGAAUGGAGGCAUCCUAAAUUUUAAUCUGACAAAAGAAGAGCAUUGGUUAAUAUCUAACUUCGCAUAUCAUGAUUUAUUGGCUAGUUCCUCGAGUGAAAGAGGUACCUAUUUCCGGUCUGAGGACUAUGAAACUAUAUUUUCAGACCAUGCGGGCCUAUCGCAAGGAAACCUUAACCCCUUGCUUGGUGUCUCUAAAAAACUCUAUAGAAUCAUUGGAGAUAUCAGCACUUUGGCAUUUGAAAGUAAAAUUAUAUUAAGCCAAUACUACAAUAGAGAUUCUAUAAAUACUAAAACGGGGAUUUCGGAGUCUCCCAUAUUUGGAACCCCAAAGGACAUUGACGACAACGAUUCAGAUUUGAGUAUACACGCGAGAAUGAAUCGUUUGCUAUCGUCGGUUAUAGAUAAAGCAAUAAUACUUCAAAUGGAAAUAGACGAAUCAAAGCCAGAUCUUACAGACUUGGUAAAUCUAACAGAUGAAGAACUAGAAUGGCAAUUGACUCUUUUUGAAGCAUUUCAGAUUAGUGCCAAGUUAUUUCUCAGACAAACUAUUAUGAAGUGCAAUCCGUCAUCGUUGGAAUCCCAGAUACUUGCAAACGAUUUGAUAAAAUGCAUCGACAUAGUAUUGGGUUCCCCGGUGCAGGCAUCACUAGUGUUCCCAAUGUUCAUGUCUGGUAUCCAUUGCGUUACAACAUACGAUAGAGAUACGAUGAGACAAAGACUUGAUCAGUUUAUGAAAUUAUAUGGUCCCUGGAAUGUUACAAGAGCGAAAUUUCUUAUGGAGAAAGUUUGGGAGAAGAGCCCAGAAGGUGACAGGGUUGUAGAUUGGCAUUCAAUUCUUAAAGACCUAGGAUGGGAUAUCAAUUUUGCUUAA